AUGGUCGCUGCCACUGUUGAAGAGGAAGGUCACUUAGGUGCCUCCUCCUUUACGAAGAAGAGGAAGGUGGGACCUGAACCCCCGCUUCAGGGAAGGUCCAAGAGCACAAGGAAAGACGAAGCCAUUCCUUCAAGUCUCCCAGUUCCUGAAUCUGCUGAUGUUCAGGAUAGAAAUCCUGAUUCAGGAAUUGUUUUAAGAGAGCCACUGAGUUCAGGGAUGCUACCCCCUAGACGUCCUCGAGGUAAUACCUCUAGAGCUCGAUCAUCUCCGAGCUCAGGACUCGUUGCCAGAGCUUCAUCCCAAUCAGGUAACCCUCAAAAUCCUCUGUUACUGGAGAGUAACCGAUCUUUUAAGGAACUCAAUAUCCACACAAAUAUCCUUAUUCUAGAUAAAGAAAAGAUUAGAAAUAUCUUUAGAUGUUUCCACACUCGCUUUGGGAAGAAACUCCCAUCUUUUGAGCGCUGGAGGGAUGAAAUCAAGAAGAUGUAUAUCAGUCAUUCUUUCCACUCAUCUCAGCAUCAUCAUUAUUAUAAGGAGGAGCUUGUCAAAGUUUCCAAGAGAGCUGCUGUUGCUGAGGAAAAGAUUGAGAAUCUACAAUCUUCCAAUCAGCUCGUGAAAGAAGCUGCUGAUCUCGAUUCAGUUCGUCGGGAAGAAAUCGAGCGACUCGAGAGAUCUGGCGAGGAGACAAAGAAGAAUUUGGCUGAGGCUGAGCAAAAGCUAAAAGCUGCCCUUGCCGACCAUGACUUCGCAAAGGGCGAGAUCGAGCUUCUGAGAUCAAAGCUUAACGAGACCAAAUCAGUUGCUGAUGAGCUCGGACGCAAAAAUGUGUCUCUUUCUAAGCUGAAAGAUCAAGAUGUUCGCAAAAUAUCUCAUGAUGCUCGGCAAGAGGUUAAAGUAGUUGGGCAAAAGUUUCUUCUUGCUGUGCAAGAAUUUAUUUCUGCGGAUAAGGCUUGGAACAAGCUUAAAUUCGAGCGUGAUGAGAUGAAGAGCAAUCUUGAUUUGAUCACGGAGAUAGAGGAGGGAACAAUUAAUUUGACUAAGGAAAAGGAGACAGUUAGUGCCGAACUUGCUGAAACUGAAGCUAAGCUAGCUACUGUUCCUCAGCCAUAUUUGGAUUUACAGCAAUUUGCGUCCGAGUUCGCUGAUUCCCCUCCAUUGACCGAACAUAAUACAGGUUUUUCUUUGGAUGAGAUGGUGUUAACUGGUUCUCCUCAUGCUCGUUUUAAUGAGUUCGGAACCAACGUUGACAAAAUCUCUUCGAGUCGAACUCAAGGGUUUGCUGGUCAGGAUGCUCCCAUUUCUUCGACUAUUGGAGAUGACUUUGAUCUGAGUAGCGAACCUCCUCAGGAUGCUAGUUUGCUUAUCCCUAAGGCGGUUCUCACAACUCAAGAUGCUACCACCGGGGGCGCUCUUCCUGUUUCAAGCCAAGUAGAAAAUGAAGGCGGUUCGCCUAUGAAUGAAUGA